CAACUUCCCAAACACUCCCUAUUCUCUCUCUCUCUCCCUCUCUCUCCCUCUCUCGCUGACUGACUGGUAAACUUGAAAGCUGCCCCCUUCCCUCUCUCUCUCUCUCUCUCUCUCUUCCCUCCCUCUUGCUUCCCAUUCUGUACUUCGCUGGCUGAGGAGGAGGAGGAGGGAGAAAGAGGAGGACGAGCUGGUCCACGGCGACCUUCCGCUACCCCUCUCCGCUUCUCUGGGCGUCUUCUCACCUAUUCCCGCCCUAUUGUCCUCUGCUGUCAGUGUUGCUGAAGUUGAAUUCGGCCUCCUCGGAGGGGCUUGCGAAUGGGGAGGAUUGGAGUCGGACUGGCGGCGGUGUCGACGGUUGAUGUCGGUGCUCUGCUCGGGAGCUGGUGGGACGAGAUCAACGACUCCCCUCGCUGGCAGGACGGCAUCUUCUACACUCUCUGCGCCGCCUACGCCCUCGUCUCCUUCAUUGCCUUGAUUCAAUUAAUAAGGAUCGAACUGAGAGUGCCCGAAUAUGGCUGGACGACGCAAAAGGUUUUCCACCUCAUGAACUUCAUUGUCAAUGGAGUACGUGCUAUUGUAUUUGGAUUUCACACCGAAGUCUUCUUUUUACGCCCAAAGGUGGUCACUUGGAUUCUGUUGGAUCUUCCGGGACUCCUGUUCUUUUCUACUUACACACUUCUAGUCCUGUUCUGGGCAGAAAUAUAUCAUCAGGCAAGGAGUUUACCAACUGAUAAGCUGAGGGUUGUCUACAUCUCAGUAAAUGCUGCAAUGUACUUUAUUCAGGCUUGCAUAUGGAUUUACUUGUGGAUACAUGACAACAGUGUCGUGGAAUUCAUUGGCAAAAUAUUUAUUGCGGCGGUGUCAAUAAUAGCUGCACUGGGGUUCUUGCUGUAUGGAGGAAGGUUAUUUUUCAUGCUGAGGCGGUUUCCUAUUGAGUCUAAAGGAAGAAGGAAGAAGCUUCAUGAGGUCGGAUCUGUCACAGCCAUAUGUUUCACCUGCUUUAUUAUUAGAUGCAUUGUGGAACUUGUAUCUGCUUUUGAUUCGAGCAAUGCAUCACUCGAUGUUUUGUACCAUCCAGUCUUGAAUUUGAUCUACUAUAUGCUCGUGGAGAUCCUACCUUCAGCUUUAGUCCUAUAUAUCCUCCGAAAGUUGCCUCCCAAGAGGGUAUCCGCCCAAUACCAUCCCAUCCGUUAGCAAGAGCUAGACAAUGCCUUCUUUUGGUAGGAUAUCAUUCUUUUGCUCCUUCGGAAUGGUGUUUCCCCCCUCAGCAUUUUAAAGGCUACAGAGGUUGAGAUGUCGAAGCAGAGGCCAUAUUACGGUCAGCUUUAUGCUGGCAAUUCUUUUGUUCGUCCUGUUGGGGAUACACCUUCGGUCCGAUUUCUCUUCUCUGGCUUGCGACUUAAGAUUGGUCGUGUGUUGGCUCUUUGUGAGAUAUAUUUGAACAGUUCGAGAAAGUAGGAAAAAUUUCUGUAAUCUUAACAAAGGUAGAUGUCAGUUUUGGCACGUCCUAGAGUAUUCUGUCAUAAUUAUGUGGAAUAAACAGUUUGUGGAAAUGGCAUGUGUAUAAAUUUUAAAUCCCUUUUUCAGGUAAAUUUGGAAA